CUCUUCUUCUUCUUCUUCUUCUUCUUCUUCUUCUUCCUCUUCUUCUUCUCCACCCCCACCGCUACCGCUACCAGCAUCACCAUCACCAUCGUCAUUAUCAUCGUUGCUGCCUCCUCCUCUACUCGUACCACCUCUAUCCCAUCUGCCAGGUUCCGUACCCUCUUCCGUCUCUUUCAAAAUUUUGGCAUGUUUAGAAUAAUGCCUGAUCUGAAGUUGCAGCUGCGGGGGAUUAAUUUGACGCUGGCCGGCUCAACCUCGGGCUGUAUCUUUCUGACGCUCUUUUGGCCUCGACUCUCUCGGUCCGGCUAUCUGAUUGGUUGUUUCGGCAGUGCACUUGCGUCCAUGGCUGCCUGGCUGGGCACCGAGUCCGCCGUUCAAACAAAUUCCGAGGACUCACGUGAGAGAUAA